AUGGCAGAGGAGGUGAGCACCCCGAUGAAGGCCACGGUCCUGAUGCGGCAGCCCGGGCGGGUGCAGGAGAUCGUGGGCGCCCUCCGCAGGGGCGGGGGAGACCGCUUACAGGUUAUUUCUGAUUUUGACAUGACCUUGAGCAGGUUUGCAUAUAACGGAAAGCGAUGCCCUUCUUCUUACAACAUUCUGGAUAACAGCAAGAUCAUAAGUGAGGAGUGCCGGAAUGAGCUCAAAGCGCUCCUUCACCACUAUUACCCAAUUGAGAUUGACCCACACCGAACCAUCAAAGAGAAGUUACCUCAUAUGGUAGAAUGGUGGACCAAAGCGCACGAUCUCCUGUGCCAGCAGAAGAUUCAGAAGUUUCAGAUCGCCCAGGUGGUUAGAGACUCCAAUGCAAUGCUUAGGGAGGGAUACAAGACGUUCUUCAAUACCCUCUACCAGAACAAUGUUCCCCUGUUCAUCUUUUCUGCGGGCAUUGGUGACAUCCUAGAGGAGAUUAUCCGACAGAUGAAGGUGUUCCACCCCAACAUCCACAUUGUGUCUAACUACAUGGACUUUGACGAAGAUGGUUUCCUGCGGGGAUUCAAAGGCCAGCUCAUACACACCUACAACAAGAACAGCUCCGUUUGUGAGAACUCCGGGUACUUCCAGCAGCUGCAGGGCAAAACCAACAUCCUCCUACUGGGGGACUCCAUGGGGGACCUCACAAUGGCUGAUGGGGUUCCUGGUGUGGAGAACAUUCUCAAGAUUGGCUUUCUAAAUGACAAGGUGGCAGAGCGGCGGGAGCGCUACAUGGACUCCUAUGACAUUGUGCUGGAGAAGGACGAGACGCUGGACGUAGUCAACAGGCUGCUGCAGCACAUCCUGCACGGCAGUGACUGGAUGGAGAUGCAGGGCUCCUGAGUGCAGGCGUGGGGGACUGUGGGGAGGCAGCCUCCCCCAGAGGCGGCCCUGCCCAGGACCCUGCUUCUCCCAGUUCAGCAGAGAACAGUCCAGGUGGUGCAGCUGCUGAGCCCGCACGCCCCUCCCCCACCCACCCAGUGCCAACGAGGCUCCAGAACCUGGGCCCGGUGGGGGAGGGGCCACCAGGUGAACAUGGGACCUGCAGGGUGUUAGCACCCUAACUAGGGACCAUCGAGUCCAGGGGUUCUUUUUCCCCCAGGUUUUUAAACAUGGAGAGCUGUUCUUCAAAUCUCAUGUGUGAAACAGAUCCAAAUAAAAACAGGAAAAAAACCCAA